AUGAGGAUAUUGGGACUAAACCUCAAGGAUGUGGUGAAGCUGUCAUUGGGUCAAGGAGACUCUGCGAGAAACCCACUGACUUCCGGACCUGUAAACGUCGGAGAGGCCACCGGAAGAGUCACGGUUCAAAGGUCAUCUCGUGGUCCAGUCGGAUUCUCCGAGACUGCGCCCGACGGACGAUAUGUUGUUGUCGAGAACACUGGCUCCUUGAAGACCGGAAAGGUCAUGCAAUUGACAGGGUGGAAAGUAAGACGUAUUAUGGCCGAUAACUCUCAGCUGGAGUAUACGUUUGAUGAAUGCGAGUUACCUCCCGGUGGAUCCGUCAAGAUCUGGGCUCGGGACGGUAGGGCAAAGAGAGGACCCAAGGACAAGUGCACCAACUUCGACAACUGGGGGGUUGGGAACAACACUACCUACCUGUACGAUACGGACGGAGGGGAAAAGGCAACCAUUGUGCAAAAGUUCGUCAUGUAA